AUGACGGUCGCCGACCCGCUCGUUGUCGGCCGGCCGGUCCGCGUCCACCACCGCACUCGAGACCCCCUCGAGUCCUACUUCUCCCUGUAUCCCCCCGGCGAGCGCGGCUUACUCGACCCCGACGCCGCGCUCCCAAAGGUCGUAAAGACGCACGAUGACGUCGCGGCUUGCCUGGAGGCGUACCGGGGCCCAACGUUGGAUUCCUACCCCGUCCGAGUCCUCAUCAACUACAUUGACUGGAAGCUACACACCGGCAAGACGGACGAACAGGUUGUGUCCAAGCUCGAGCUGCUCGAGAUCCGCUUUCCGUCCUAUGUCCACGCGUUUGCAAUGGUUCGCGAGGCGCGCCGAUUCGGGCCGUCAGACGUCAUUCCUAUGGGCGGCCUCACGCCACUGGACCGUACCACGCCCAACGUUAUGGCCGCGUUGCGGGCCCUCAUGAGGACGCGCAAGGACGUGAUUUACUGCCUCGAGCGGUACCCCGGCAUCCCGUCGGAUGUAUACCCCGGCGAGGUGGUCCUCCGAUACCUGGACCUGAAGAAGCAUCGGGGCAAGACGCCGAAGCAGCUCGAGGCCAAGCUCGAGCGGUUAGAGCGGCUGGCCUACGCGUUCGCACGGUAUGGCAGAGGGCUGGGGCCUUCGCGUGUCCUCACGUGCAAGUGGCCCUCGGCGGAGGACGAGAUGCCGCCCGCGACGCCGCGGGCCGCCGAGGGCGACGACCAGAACGAGGUCUUCACCGACACCGACGGGUCCGUCCACAUCGUCCGGUACUUUGUCGAGCCGGCACCCCUCGGUGCAAGAGCCCUCAGCCUCUUGACCAUGGACAGCUUGUUCGACGGCGACUCGGACAACAGCCGGUCGUCGUCUCCGUCGGCCGGCUCAGAUACUCGCUCGGCACGCUCCGACAGCGCAUCCUCGGGCUCGGGCUCAGAUACCACCCGCCCUCGGCCCGUCGACUCGGACGAGUACAAGAUCAUCGUGCCGUUCAAGAAGGUUCGCGGCAGAAAGAUGUAG